AUGAUCUGGUUCAAUAAGUUUACUAUUGUAUUCAUUUUUACGUUGUUGACAACUAAUGUUGCUGCUCUUGGACGACCAUACAAAGACAAUAGCUAUAUGAGCUACUACUACGGAUGCCAAGCACAGAUGAAUGCCGAGGUUUCUUUCUGUGAUAUGAGAGACCGUCGUUGUUCAGUAUGUGGCGAUAAAAAUGCAGUCGCCACGAUUGCCGGAUGUAUGCAAGCACUUGGCAAGACUUCGCCCAAAUACACAAGUGCAAUGAUACAAGGAUGCAGAAGAAGCCGUGUUAAAAUAAGAAGAGAUUGGUUUGAUGAAGCAAUUGAGCAUUACAAUAAGAACGCCAAAUCUGUGUCUGAUAUCCCCGGGUUCAACAAGCACAUGGUCCCUCAAGUUCCAAUAAAAUUGAACCCAAAUAAUAGUGAAUUGUAUCAGGAGUCAUAUAAGAGAUUCUAUGACAAUUAUGGCCAUUCUCUCUACUAUGGUGCCGGUAUAUUGGGCUAUUGGGCAUUGGUGUUGUUGCUCGGUGCUGUGUUUAACUGGAGUAAAGUGUUGUUUCCAAACGCGUCUAAAAAGAUGACACAUCCGUUGCUUAAUUAUUGGAGAAAACAUGUUACCAUGCCCGCCGCUUUUGGUACAAAAAGAACCCAGGAACAGAAUUUUCUUAAAUUUUUUGGUUUCCUCAUUCUAUCAAGAUUUGAAUCUUUAGUUAUUGCAUUGUUUUAUGGGGUUGUCUUGUUAUGUAAUGCGCUUAACAUUGAAGCCUUGGAUAAUGAUCCAAGAUUUAAUGGCAGCAGAUACAAGGCUGAGAUUAGGUAUGUUGCCGAUAGAACAGGUAUUACAGCAACUAUGUUUAUGCCAUUAAUCUUUUUGUUUGCCGGUAGAAACAACUUUUUGCAAUGGGUUACUCGCUGGAACUUUGGCACAUUUAUAACCUACCACAGACAUACUUCUAGAGUUAUGUUUAUGUUGGUUGUAAUUCACGCAGUGUGUUUCACAAUUGCGGAAGGUGAUCGUUAUUCCAGAGCUGUAACAAGAAACUAUUUUAUUUGGGGUAUUGUGGCUACCGUUGCCGGUGGCAUCUUAUUGGGAAGUCUGAUGCUUUAUCUUAGAAGACGGUGGUAUGAAUGGUUUCUUCUUGCACAUAUUGCAUUUGCUGUUAUUUGGGUUGUGGGAACUUGGUAUCAUGUUGUUGAUCUUGGCUAUAUACAGAUGGUCUACCCUACAGUGGCAAUUUUUGCAUUUGAUCGAUUGGUCCGGAUUGUCCGUUUGAUAUGGUUUGGUUUUCCCAAGGCCGAUGUGUAUUUAUUAGCGGAUGAGACAUUGAAAGUUGUUGUACCUAAACCCAAGUCAUGGAGACUGAUCCCCGGUGGUCAUGCGUUUAUACAUUUUUUUAAACCUAGUUAUUUUUGGCAAUCGCAUCCAUUUACAUUCACAGACUCAGUUGAAAAAGAGUGUUCGAUUGUUUUGUUUUGCAAAGUGAAAGGUGGCAUUACACAUAGUUUGUACAAGACCUUAGUUGCAUCACCCGACAAGAGAUGUAAGAUUAGAGUUGGUAUUGAAGGUCCAUAUGGUGAAGAUACACCUGCGAAAUAUGCCGAUACUGCAGUCUUUAUUGCAGGAGGUAAUGGUAUUCCAGGUAUCUACUCUGAAGUCUAUGAUAUUGCAAGGCGUGGAAAGAAUCAAAGUAGCAGAAUAUCUUUAAAGCUUAUGUGGGUUGUUAGGGAAUGGAAGUCUUUGCAUUGGUUUUACGAGGAAUUGCAGAGUUUAAAGAACACAAAUAUCGAAACUACCAUUUAUGUCACGCAGCCAUCAAGAUUCUCAUGCAUCGAAGAAUUUGCUAGAGAUUCCAAUUCAGAUGAUUCAAUUGACGAGGAGAAAAAUGAUGCCAAAGAACAAGUAAACAUUUCUUCGGAAGUGAAGGAAAUACAUCUGAGUGAAAACAGCAGCUCAUGCGACGAAAUUGGCGGUGCAGGUGCAACUACAGGUACAGGUGCAGGUGUUGGGGUCGAUGUUGAUGACUAUGAUGAAAAAAGCAACUCUUUGGAGAUCAUCUCACUGAUCAAGAAUGAUCUUUCACACAUCCAGUUCAAAGAAGGUCGACCAAAUAUUGAAGAUAUUGUCGCCACUGAAAUCCACGAGUCCAUGGGCUCAACUGCAUUUGUCACAUGUGGCCAUUCCGUGAUGGUCGAUCAAUUGCGUUAUUACUGCGCUGAAAAUGUUGACAACAAGGAAAAAAAGAGGGUUGAUUUUUAUGAGCAAGUCCAAGUAUGGUCUUGA